UCCGAAGCGCCCGCCGGCGGCGGCUUCCGCGCUGGCGCAGGCGCAGUAGCCCAUUCGAGGAGCCGCUGAGUGGAGUAAGAGUGGAUCUGCCGCCGCCGGCCCCAGGAUGGUACUGGAGAGCGUGGCCCGCAUCGUGAAGGUACAGCUCCCCGCCUAUCUUAAGCAGCUCCCAGUCCCGGAGAGCAUUACGGGGUUCGCCCGGCUCACAGUUUCAGAAUGGCUUCGCUUGCUGCCUUUCCUGGGUGUACUCGCACUCCUCGGCUACCUUGCAGUUCGUCCCUUCCUCCAGAAGAAGAAACAGCAGAAGGAUAGUUUGAUUAAUCUUAAAAUACAGAAGGAAAAUCCCAAAGUGGUGAAUGAAAUAAACAUUGAAGAUCUGUGUCUUGCGAAAGCAGCUUAUUGUAGGUGUUGGCGUUCUAAGACGUUUCCUGCCUGUGAUGGUUCCCAUAAUAAGCAUAAUGAAUUGACAGGAGAUAAUGUUGGUCCACUCAUACUGAAGAAGAAAGAAGUAUAACAGUAAUGUCUUAGGAUUGAUCCAGUAUGUGCUGUAACAUCUUAAAAUAUUUCUCAUUCUUUGUGUAUAGAAAAUCUUUUGAAAUGGUGGUCUUAAUUAUUACUCCUAGUUGAAUAAUUAUUUCUGCCAAUUUAUUUUCUUGCUAUAUUGCUGCUUAUAUUUGAUACUUUUAUAGUCAGGCAUUUUUAGAGAAAUUGUGGAGCUUUCUGAUUUCAGAGAGUCAGUGUAUCUUUCACCAAUAAAAUCAAUAUUUUCUUUUUAGUUGAUUGGGAAUCUAAAUUUUGGCAAUGGGGCCAAAACGAUACCUUUGAAUAUUCAAUAGAACAUACACUUCACAAAUACUUUUCAUACUGGUUUUGUUUUGACCAUUUGCAGUGGUUUGUACUUCCACACUUCAUUCUCCUUCAGGUGAAUUAAGAAAAAUUUGCCAUCAACAAUUACUGAGGAUGGGAAGUGGCGCUGUAGCUCAAGUGGUAGAGCGCUCACCUUGAGCUAAAGAGCUGAGGGACAGUG